AUGGUUGCAGAUAAAUACACUGAUACUCUUAAUGAGAUGAUCACGUUGCUCAAGAACUACAAACCAGGGACAGUAACAUUGGACAACAUUACCAAAUUAUGCCAAACUCUUGGAUUAGAAUCAUUCAUCGAUGAUGUGGAUAAUGAGGUGGCCAGAUUAUCUACAGCUUCAAAGAUAAUAGUCAUCGAUAUCGAUUUUAUUAAAUCAGAAGGGAAAGUUAAAGAUGUUAAACUGGUAUUGGCAUCUAAUUUUGAUAAUUUCAAUUAUUUUGAAAAUAAGAACUCCGUGGAAUCAGAUUUACAGACUCAAGAUAAAGAAAAUAAUAUAUUGUUGAAAUCUUUAAUAGAUUAUCCAAAUUUAAAUGAAUUUCAUGAAAAUUUAGAAUUCUUAUACUUAUUAGAUUCUUAUUCUCAACUCGAUGUUGAGUCUAAUAACUCUUUACAUGGUUCUAGUAGUUUACAUAGUAAUACUAAUAAUCAUUCAGAUUCUAAUAAUAAUUUAGUUACUGGUAAUUUAUCGAAUGGAUUAAAUAAUUCACCAGCUGGAUCAAAUAACAAUAAUAAUAAUAACAACAAUAAUACUAAUAAUAAUACUAAUAACAACAGUAAUAACAACAGCAACAACAACAAUAAUGUAAAUGGUAAUAACAAUAAUAACACCAAUGUAAGUAAUAAUAACAAUAAUAAUAGUAGUAGUAGUAAUGGAAAUACACAGCUGGAGAAAAAUAAAUUAGAUCUAUUCAGGUACUAUACUGAAUUGAGUCAAUACAUUCAAGACUAUUUAAAGGAUCACACUAUGAAAUGGAAUGUUGCAACUAAUCUAGAUAGUAAAUUCGGUAUAUAUAUUAUGACUGCAGAUGCAGAACCUAAUGUCGUGGCCAAGAUAACAUUCAAGAAAUCAUCAGAUCCACAGCAUAGGCUAUAUGAAUAUAUAUAUUCUAAAGACACGAAAGAAUGGAUCAAUGAAUCUGCCGAGUCCUAUACAAUGGGUGUCUCAUUGGUUAUGGAAAUUAUAUCUGGUUCCACAUGGUUCCCCAAGACAUUUAUCUCUAAGGAUGUGAUAUUUGAUAAUAAUGGUCAAACUACAAAAUUUAAACCAACUUCAAUAAAUGAUUCAAAUGAUAAAUACUCAAAUUCAUUGAGAUCUUUCCAAGAUCCGUCAAAAUUGUUAAAAUUAUUAACUAAUUUAGAGGAUGGUUCUCAUCCUUCCAAUGGUAAUGAAUUAUACUAUCAUGAGAAAAUACAAUUAAUUAAUGAUUUUACAAGUCCAUUGAUAAAAGUACCGUUUUUUGAUAUCAGUAAUGAUAAUAUUGAUUUAAUUGAUGAAGUAUUAACUUGGACAUUAUGGUCUAAAAAAGUACUAGAAAACAUCGUUGAAUUAAUGAUAAUUCAAAAGAAUGAUACACAUCUGUAUAAUGAUAAUCAUAAGAAUAAUUCAGUAAUUCCAAAUGUACAUUCUGAUAUGGAUAACAAUUCAAAUACAACAAUUGGAUUUAAUUCAAUUGAUCAUUAUAGACAUAAUAGUGUAGCUGGUGUUAGUAUGACCCCAACUACAACUAUCAGAAGAAGACGAUCUUCAAAUAAAGGGAAAAGACCUAGUAUCACUGAAGCAACAAUGUUCAAAGAUGAAGGAUUACAACAAUUCAACUUACAUGAUGUAAUGUCUGAACAAUAUCCAGUUAUUACUGAAGAAGAUAAUGACGAUAAUAUGACACAGGGACCAAAUAAUGAAUCAAUAACAAGUAACAAUAAUACUGAUAAUAAUACCGAUAAUAACGAUCAUGCCGUUGAUUCUACCAAGGAUGCACUUGCUAUGGAAGAUGACAGUCGGAUGGAUAUUGAUACAAUGGAAUUAGGUAAUGACAUUGAAGAUACCCGGGAGAUGAAAGAAGAAGACGACGCUUCAGAACAAGAGCCUAUACCAUUAAUUAUCAGUGAGGACUAUAUAACUCUGGGAGAUAUUGCCAGUUGUAACCUAUAUGAACCAGUUUCUCAGUGGGAAACCUUUAUAACAAGUUUCCGCCAAACGAUUUAG